UGAAAACAACAAAACAUAUCAAUAAAAGCCUCUGACACACCCUAGCUAUAACAUUUAAGAAGCAGUAUGUAAAAUUAUGUAGCUGUAUCUAUUGUUAAAGUUGAGACAAAUUGAAUAACCUAGGGGCAAUAUACAGUUUUGAGGAAAUAGCUGUUAAAGAUUCCCUAACAUAAAUGAAAUUGAGGAGUUCUGCUUGUCUUUCAUCCAUCCUCACAGUGACAGCAAAGGAAAUAGCCACAUAUGGUCAUAAUGGCUAUACGCUCCAGGAAACAAGCUUUUUAACGAUAUAUGAUUCAACCAGGUUUUUCAUCAGAUAAAUUUCAUAUCAGGUCCUAUAUUAAUUGAAAGUGAAAGUCAGGACCUAACCAGCCAGCCAGCUCAUCUGCUGUUCAUUUGAAGAGAAACACUGACCACAGAGGGAUCAGCCGAUAGGGACCUGAGGAGAAAAGGGUCAAACUAACCACCAUAGCAAGUAAAGCAUCAUGGGAAACGCAAAAAGUAUCCUGAGCCAGCACGGAUACAUCCUGCUUGAAGAAAGUGAGAAGGGAGAUUUUUGUAAGACUCUGCGGGUCAAGAAAGAGAAAAAAAGGAAGGAAUACAGAAUAAAUAAGUAUGAUCAAUCAGGGCUCCAUAAAUCAGAUUCUGUGAAGCGUGAAGUGACUGUGCUGCAAGGUUUUAAACACCCAUUCAUUGUUCAGUACCUGGAGCAUUUUAAAGAUGAUGUGAAUGUGUACGUAGUGAUGGAGUAUUGUGAGGGUGGGAAUCUUUCUAAGCAAAUUAAAAAGCAGAAAGGUGAAUAUUUCCCAGAAGAUAAGAUCCUGGCCUGGUUUGUGGAGAUCUGCUUGGCUGUGGUGUAUGUGCAUACGAAGAACAUUCUGCACAGAGACAUCAAGCCAGAGAACAUUUUCUUGGACAAAUAUGGGACGAUUCGCUUGGGAGACUUUGGACUGGAAAACCCCCAUGAAAGAUCUUCAGGCUAUGCAAGAACAGUUGGGGGAACAUUUUGUUACCGGAGUCCAGAAAUAAUUGAGCAAGAAACAUACGGCAGUAAAAGUGACGUUUGGGCUUUGGGGUGUGUACUGUAUGAACUGUGCGAGCUUAGGCGUGCGUUUCCAGAAGAAAAUUUGCGAGAAGUGUUCAAUAAAAUUGUGGAUGGGCCCUACCCCUCCAUCUCUGGACCAUUCUCCACUGAUCUACGGGACCUUGUGAAGGAUCUGCUUCAGAAGAAUCCAGCAGAUCGACCCUCUGCCAGUGAUAUACUGGAGAGACCCUUCCUUCUAGGGAUCCUUAUCCAAAGGAUCAAGGGAAUCCCGGAAGAGCUGCAGCAGAAACUGAAAGAGCUGGAUGGAGUGGCAGAUGGUUUAGAGCGCGUGCACUUUGGCACCACCGUGGGCAGUCUGACUGGAGGGGUGAUGGGUGCUGUGGGGGGGAUCACCACCAUAGUGGGUGUUGCCCUCGCCCCUGUCACUUUAGGGGCUUCUCUGAUUGUGACAGGGGUGGGAAUUGCGGUUGCUGCAGCUGGGGGGGUAACUGGAGCUGCUUCUAAUGUCACCAAAAUGGUGAAUGAGCACAUAGACCGCCGCACCAUAGAUAAUAUUAUACAUGAAUGUGAGGCGAAGAUACUGAUUCUGGUCACAUGCCUCCAGAGCAUUGACAAGGGUUUUGAGGAUUUGAACCAGAGGAGAUCCCUGAAUGUAGCAGGGGCCGCUCGGGUACUGAGGAGCAUUGGGGGUUUGGCUAAAUUGGCCCCUGCGGUUCAGGCGUUCAGGGCAGCAUCACAAGCUGUCAGACUCGCACGUGCAGCAGAGGUGGUCACCGGGGUGUUCGCAGGUCUCUUUCUAGCUGUUGACAUCUUCUUCAUUGUUGAUGAUUCCAGGGAGAUACACGCCAUGAGACAGCAAGGCUCAAAUAAAUACACAAAGAUGGAGGAGUCAGAGGAACCCCCUGAUGAAGCCUCUGCAGGCCCACAGGCUGGCAGUGCAGAGGGAAAAAAAGCAUUAAAAACCAGGGAGUUCAUUAAGAUGAUCAGGGAGGUGUCUGCUGAGCUUCAGAAAUUUCUGAAAAAAAUUGAGUCUGUAUGGUCUACCAUCCCUAAGUUAGAAGAAGCUUAAGUGUUUGGCUGAACUAACCUCUGUGUUAUUGGCCUUAAAUGCAGUUUGAAUCCACCUCAGAUAUAGAAUAUAGUCCGCAGAGGUCCCCAACUGAACAGCCUCUGAUAAUAUUAUCAAUGUGUAGGAGCCGCAUUUAAGUUUAUUUCUAUUUACAAAAUGUAUUCUAUAUUUGUGUUUGUGAGUGUGCACCCUCUACAGGUGGGGAGGGCGCUAUAGCAUAUAUUGGUUUGUAUUGCAUAUGGCGGGGAGAAGGCGGGUUACAGCAGAGACCGUCAUUGAUCUCAGGCUCAUCCUUCUGCUCAGCUUCGUCCCUGUGAUCACGUUCGCUGAUGAGUUGCAUCUGCAACGCUACUGUUUGAAAUUUGCUUUAGUAUUUGUUUUAUAAAAUGCUAAGCAUUAGUGCUGGGACAGCAUAUUACGUACCAAAACAUUCAAACGGAUUAAUUCGGUUGCUGAAUAUA